AUGGCCGGAGAGGAUGUCUCGGUGGCCAUUGCAGCCCUGGUGAUUGCAAUCGUCGCCCUCUUUGCAGCGACUCUUCAAUUCGCGCAGGCAGUGUUUGCAACCGCGCGGGGUCUUCCCAACUGUGACCAGCGAGUGAUGGGCGGGUGGUCUAGAAACAGCAAAAGCAAAAUCAGGUGGAGACAGCUGAGACUCGAGGUCGAGUUCGAAGCGCCCAUCAUCUUUCUUGCCCCUCCGAAGAACAAGAAGAACCCAGGCAAAGGCGAUGCGUGGCAUGCGGAGGGCACCGAGGAAAGCUGCAAGAAUACUCGCGUCGACUUCAAGAAUCUCUCCGACAACAAUAGCGUGCAUACGGUCGACAACGAGCUUGCAACAUGGGUCUACCUCCUCACUGCCAUAGAAGGCAUGGAGAAGGACUCCCUGGAAUGGGAGGCCAAAGAGCGGGGAAAGGAAUCGGAUGAGAAGUACAUGCCUGUGGAAACACCGCUGCCCCCUCCGACCCUUACAGUCAAGAUGCAGGCGAAGACGAGGAGCUUCGACACAAACCCAGCCAUCAAGAAGCCAUACGCAAUCACGACCAUCUCGCACUUGGUUGAGCUUGCUUCCGUUCUCGGAAUCUACUGGAAGGUCUUCGAUCGUGAUGACAACAAGUACCGCGCCGAAGGGAACGGGUACAUCUUGACCGGCUCUCGCAUUACCGACUUCGGUAUCGUGUUUGUCUUUGAGAAGACAGGCAGAACGAGUUUCGGCGAAAGACGGCUGAUUCCAACGUCAGAAGUCAAGGAGCUGUGCUUUGGCAGGGUUCCUACGCUUUUUCGUCCCAAAGAAGAAACCUCCGAUGAAGAUGUCGAGUGGCAGGAUCCGUUGAAGACGUCGUCCGGAAUCGAUAACUUGAAGGUUGAGAUAUUGGAGUUGGGUAGCGAGAGUGAAAUUGCCGAGACACUCACGCAGAUUGGUUGCAACGUCGAAACGAUUCUCUACUACAAGGACAAGAAGAAGCACAGGCACAUCUUUCCUGUGACUUUCGAACUCAUCGGGAUGGUUGCUCGAGUCUUUCACAUUAAAGGCAGAUGUUUUCGCUUCUUGCCCAACCCGACGAUUUUCCCUUGGGAUAGGGAAUCAGUGUCGCUUGUCCGACUUCUCAGCGCCUUUACGGAGCUUAUUGAGCGGGACCUUGGUGGCAUCCAAAAUAUACUCGAGCAUAUAACGGAAGACGACGAGCCUUCGAAUAUUCCAAUUACGCGAGAAGUCGAUCAAAUCCGCUUGAUGCUUGAGAAGGCCGAAUCUCUCAAGGAAAGCUUCAAUACCGGUGCCACCAUUAGUCACAACCGGAUGACGAAGCUGCACGAUACAAUCACGACUUUGGAUGAGCUCGUUCUCAAAAGAGAUCAGACAAUCGUUCUGGAUGUCCUCCGCCGUCACCUGCAAGUUGUUCUCAAGGCCAUCAACGGUAAUGGACAGGACAAGAACGUCAAAGACAGCAGCAAAUCGAAUGGAGAAGCUGCAGCGGGCAGCAGGCAAGCAUCCGAGGACAUCUCGUUCGGCGAUCUGCUGGGCAUACCCCUCGAAAUGAGGGAGCAGCGGUUCAUGGAGACGUACUUCGAUCAAAUUCUGUGGCGUGUUAUUGACUCUACCACGGAAGGAGAUCAGGAGGAAGUCACCAGGGAGAUUCACCACACCACGAAAGCACGAAAACGAUCGCCGGUUCGCGAAGAGAACGAAGAUGUAUAUGAUCCCGAUGUUUCGCCCAUGCCAUCGCCUCGAAUUCAAGUCCAACAACCCACGUUCCCCACAGCGCACCAUCCCCACGGGCUGCCGUCUCCUGGUCUGGUGCACAAAAAGACUUGGUCAUCUCGUGGCAUGGUGGCACAGAGAGAUUGGACAAAAACGGUGACAAGACAGAUUGAGAUGCAGAGGCUCACAGUCUGGUACACGUUGGUUUUCAGAAUGAUUUGCUGGCUCACACUUCACGAUUUUGACAAGAAGGAUGUUCAGGUGUCCAAGAGUGAGCUCAUUGGUAACCGGCAGCCUGUCUUCAUCAUGUGA